AUGACGUUAUUGGAGCGGACGGCCGUAAAGACGGGCCCCUUUGACAGCGAGGAUGCCAUUGUGAAGAAAGGCCACGAGAACCUCGAGCAGAAUGAAUUGAGAGUCGAGUUGGAGAGAACCAAUGAUCAAGACCGCAAAAGAAAUCCCGACGGAUGGCUCACUCUUUGUUCUCUCACCAGUUUCUCAAUCCUUCUGCGCAACGGCCGCAUAUGCCGUAUCAUAAGGCUGGCUCCUCCUCGUGAUGCUCCCCCGCCCUUCUCUCCCCACGCCCGAUAUCCCCCUGAAGCUGUCCGUUUGAGUACUCUCGAUCCGGACUUGCGCUCGCAACUUUUGGCCUCAAUCUCCAACUUCCCGGUGGACGCCUACGAAAAAGAGGUGGCUUCCCCAGCCGCCGCCGCCGCUAUCGUCCCGCCGUCCCCCGACCCCUCUACUCCCCCGACCCCCAGCAGCAAUGAUUCCGGUCACGCAACGGUUCCCUCCGCCUUGCAUCCGCGAGUGGCUGUCAUCUUGGGAGUAGACCGGAAGUGGUACCUCCCUCUCCUGAUCUGUCGGGCACUGAGCACGGUGCCGGCAGCAUGGUGGGGGCUCCGGUGUGCCUUCACCUUCCUGGCUGAAUUACUCCACAUCCAGGCGGGAAUGGGGCAUGAGGGUUGGACGGCGGCGAUUGUCGAUAGUAUCAAUCAAGAGUGGGAUGUUGAAAGAAGAUUCCGGGUGACCGAGGUGGCCCUGGCGAUUAUGUGGUGCUGUGCAUCCGCUUACCUUUCGUAUUUCUUUGCUGAUUGUAUGAUGUCUCGAUGGCUUUUGAAUUAUACCCCGCCGGCUGUUGUUAUUCGUCUCCUUACCACCAACGGACUGAUUGCUUAUAUCUCUUCAUGGGUCCUCUACCUUUCGGGUGCAUCAUCAGAUCCGCGCCUUCUCCUUCCAGCCUGGAUAUCCAUCACAACCACCCUCACGUUCCUUUACCAUGCCACUCAAAACCGCGCCAUGAUUAAGCGUGAAACAGCGGCAGCUCUACUAGUUGUUUCCGUUGCGAGUUUCGUGAGCAUGUCCUCACUUCUGCUUCAGUUACAUCUGACUCGAGAAAAUGAACCGGAAGUACCCGUCUUCGUUAUUACUCGGAAAUUAUGGGACUGGGCUGUUGCGAUAUUUCUUCGCAUGCGGGUGGCGGAUGAUCGAGUUGGGGCGCGCGAGUUGUGA